AUGGCCUCCGGGCCUUUUCCGUGCCUUGGGUUGCCCCCACACCGUCUGUGGGCUCUGAGGCCUGGCGUCUACGAGGAUGAGAGGGGGCGGACCUGGGUGAUCGUGGUGGUGCGGCUCAGUCCCUCCUGGAGAGCUCAGGGCAGGGCCCCCCGCCACUAUGCGCAUGAACCCAGCAUCACAGUCCACAUGUGGCAGAUGCCAGUGCAUCCCCAGGUGCCCAUGCUCCCCAGUGAGCUGGCCCUCUCCCAGCUGCCCUUCACAUGGCAGCUCCACCCUGGAGGAAGGUACAGAGCAAUGGAUUCCAGACUCUGGGAAAUAGAGGACCACGGCCAGGUUGACUCCACAGAGCAGCUGAUCCUGACACAGCUGCCACCAGGGAAUGACUGA